AUGCUUCUUGAGUUUCAGGGAGGCGAGGAACUCUAUCGGUUCCCUAUAUGCCGGGAGAGCCUGCUUCGUGAAGUCUCCGAGCUCGAUGUAGUAGAGGAUGUCGUUGACGUCCUCCUCAAUUCCCAGCUCCUUGAUGGUUUCCUGGUGUGGGUAGCGCAUCGACAUGAACUGCAUCCUCCUCAAGAUACGGAUGCGCUCUUGGACCCCAUAAGGUCUGGGAUCAUCGAGUCAUCCAUGUCCUGGCCAGCAGUCUCCGGCCAUUUCGGACCGACACCUUUGGGCCUCCCUUUCUUUCCACUAUAG